GUAUUGGGGUGGGCCGUGCGCAAACCAACGCCUCCAUCCACAUAACUGACAUAAGACCUUAACCCAUAUGCUUUUGCCGGGAUGGAAAACAGAAAAGAUGACCAAGAGCCUUUCCCGUCGUCAGGGCAACCAUGUUAUAGCGGUGGUCCGGUGGAGGAGGAGCAGGUGAUGAGUGAGGUCCACCUAGGCUGUUCUCCUUACAACUCUGGGACGCACCUCUCCCGCUUUUCCAUCUAUUUACCACCUCGCAAAGUGCUACGUGAUUGCAAUACUUGCACAUAUAACCAUAUUUCAAGACCUGAAACUUUGAACUUGGAUGCAGAUGGUGAUCUUAUUCUAACUCGGCGCAGAAAAGCACAAAAAUAUCAUACUGUGAUAACCAUCCAUCAUAACAUCACAUCAUCACUUCCUAGAGUUGGUUUGCAGAUAUGGAGGGCAGAACUGCUUCUCUCUGAUUUUGUUUUGCAUACGAUAUCCACUUCAUCUAUUUUUGAUGGAAUUGUUGCAGUUGAGCUAGGUGCUGGCACAGGGAUGGCUGGGAUGAUACUUGCCCAUGUUGCUAGAACUGUUUUCUUAACAGACCAUGGUGAGGAAGUACUUGAUAACUGUGCUAGGAAUGUCCAAAACAAUGCUGGAAUUGUCCAUCCAAAUGCUCAAAUCCAUGUGCGUGAACUCGACUGGAAAGGUCCAUGGCCUCCUAAAGUAGCAGAAUAUUUGCAAUCCGUAAAAAGGAAUGUUUGGACACAGACUGAAAUUGAAGAACUAAAAAAGGCUUCAAUACUUCUAGCCGCAGAUGUAAUUUACAGUGAUGAUCUGACUGAUGCAUUUUUCUCUAUCUUAGAGCGACUGAUGGCUGAAAAUCCUGAAAAGGUGUUAUAUUUGGCACUCGAAAAGCGUUACAAUUUCACCCUUGACGAUCUUGAUGUUGUUGCAAACGGAUACUCACACUUCAGAAGCUAUCUUGAGGGAGAAAGUAAUGAACUUGUGAGUAGCCCAUAUUCACGUUGCUUUCUAGGUAAGCAGAUCAAUCUUAAGGAGAUCCCAAAAUAUGUAAGAGAAUAUGAUAGAGGAGACAAUGUUGAGAUCUGGGAAAUUAAGUACAAGCACCACUAGAUGGUCCAGACACUGUAGCUCUGCCGAAGUCAGCCAGCUCAUGAAUUGGUAUAAAAUAUUGUAAAGUUUUGAUGGUCCAGAAUAGAGGUGGGCAAAUCGGUUUAUGGUUCGGUUUUAGUUCGAUUUCGAUUUAUUCGGUUUGAGGAAAAUGGUACCAAAGUGAUACAAAUGCAUUUUAGUUUGGUUUCGGUUCGAUUUGGGAAUGGUUUUGUUUGAUUUGAAGUUCGGUUUAUAUAACUGAAAAUGACUAUGUCUCCCUUCAUAUUCUAAUAGAUAUUCUUGUCCA